CAUAGCCGUGUUAGAUCAUCUCUCCAAUAAUGUGAACAAAAAAAAAAAAGAUGAUCUCUCUCUGAGUCUAUAUUUGUUUUAUGCGUGCGAUCACAGAACAAAACAUAAUUUGUUGUUGUUUGUGUUGGAUCUUGUUGAGAUGGAAGAGCAUCAUAACGAGGAUGAUAGUAAGAGAGAGGGGCUACUAUUGAAGAAAGAGAAUAAUUAUAAUUGUUAUGAUGAGAACUGCCCGGGUUGCAAAGUGGAAAGAGCGAAACAAAUGAAGACAGACAUGUCCAUACGAAACCUCUUCAACAUAUGGUUGGUCGUCUUAUGCAGCUCGCUGCCUAUAUCAUCUCUCUUUCCUUACCUUUAUUUCAUGGUAAUUUAGUGCAGCUUGGGGCAUAGGUUUAGUCAUUGGACCAGCAUUGGGAGGCUACCUUGCUCAGCCAGUAGUGAAAUACCCCAAUGUAUUUCCAAAAAACUCAAUUUGGGAUAAGUUCCCAUACUUCUUGCCCUCAUUGAUAAUAUCAAUUUUUUCCUUUGUGGUAUUAAUUCUCUGCAUCUGGCUUCCGGAAACACUACACAACCAUCCUCGGAUCCAUCGAGACGAGUCUGCCGCCGGUGGCCACGACGAUGAUUCUUUAGAAACCGGCGGCACCGGGUCUGAUGAUAAAGACAAAACAAUCCAAAAGGAUGAAAACCUCUUUUUGAAUUGGCCUUUAAUGUCAUCAAUAAUUGUUUAUUGUGUGUUCUCCCUCCAUGAUAUGGCUUACCAAGAGGUUUUUUCAUUAUGGGCUGUAAGUCCUAGAAGAUUGGGGGGUUUGAACUUUACAACAGACAAUGUUGGUGAUGUUCUUUCAGUAACAGGUACUGGUCUUAUAAUAUAUCAGCUUUUUCUAUACCCAAAAUUGGAAAAAGCUUUUGGGCCUAUUGGGCUUGCUCGCAUUGCUGGGGUAGUAUCCAUACCUCUGUUACAGAGUUACCCCUUCAUAGCAAUGUUGUCAGGAUUCACACUCUACCUUCUCAUAAAUAUUGCUUCUGUCUCUAAAAACCUUCUGCAGGUGUCCAUUAUAACUGGUAUGUUCCUGCUUCAAAAUAGAGCAGUGGAACAACAUCAAAGAGGGGCAGCUAAUGGCAUUGCCAUGACUGCUAUGUCAAUUUUCAAAACAAUUGGUCCAGCUGGAGGAGGGGCAAUAUUAGCUUGGUCACAGAAAAGGAUGGAUGCUUCUUUUCUACCAGGAGUUCAUAUGUUGUUCUUUAUCCUGAAUAUUGUUAUGGGACUUGGAGUGCUUUUACUAUUUACACCAUUCCUCACCAUAAGGAAGAACAUACCCACAAGUUAAUUAAUUAUGCUAUCUUAUCAAUUUUAAUUAAUUAAUGCCUUAUUUGAAUUCUAUUAUUGGUCAUUCAUGGUGACUGGGAGAUACUACUAACAAAGCGUUAGUAAUUCUAGUCAUAUGAUUAUUUUAAGGAGUUAAACAUUGAUUAAGAAAUCUUAAGUUUUAUGUAUAUUAUUACAUUAUUACAUGUUACAUGUUUUAAUUUCUUAUUCUUAU